ACCGGGGUGCCGGAUCUGGUAGCAGUAUGCUGUAAUACCUCAGGGCUGAGUACAGAGGCUCCACACCAUAGCCCUUACCCUACCACGGCAAAUCUGACAACAACAUGGCGGUGCCGGGAUGGGAGGUGUUCGCGGUGGCUGCUGGGAUAGGUGUCCUGGCGCUUGCGCUGUUCCUGUUCCUGUUCCGCACCUACCUGCAGGCCCCGGAUGAAGACGCCUCCAGCGAGAUCACAGAGCCCCCGGAUGUAGUCACACCCGGACAGCGCAUGCGCGAGGAGGAGCCUGAGCAGGUUUUGGUGAAACAGGAGGCCUCGGCGCUACCCCUCGACCCUGCCACUGUGCAGUAUGUACAGCCAUACAUCGAGGAAUUCAAGUCACCCGUGGAGGAACAGCCGGCUGGAACCCUACCCCGCCAGGACACCGAGCGGUCCGAGUACGAAUCCGUAAGGGGCGAUGACAUCACCUCGGAUCCUGGUGACGAAAGCACGCACAAUGAUGACGUAGGAGAGGGGUACGCAAGUGCUCCCGAAGAGGUCCUGGAGCGAGAGGAGCGUGAACAGGCCAGCCCCUCCAGGGAACGAGAGAGUCCUACCCGGGAACGAGAGAGCCCAACCAAGGACCGCGACAGUCCUCUUCUUGAAAGAUCUGCCUCUAUAGAGACGAUCAGCUCCGACUGCUCCGUGUUCGAGUCGCUGGUGGCGGAGCUGCUUCCAGGCAUGGGCCAGCUGGAGUUCACCCUGGAGUAUGACGCCGCCCGCCAGCAGCUCCUGGUCACCGUCAUACAGGCACAGGAUCUGGCUAUACAGGACUACCAAGGGCCCAUCGACAGCUUCGUCAAGAUCUUCCUGCACCCGAACAACGAGCCGGCUGCUCAGUCCAAGGUGUACCGUAAGAGUCCCAACCCGGUGUUUAACGAGCGGUUCAUCUUCCACGUGCGCGAGGACGACCUGGACUCCCGCAUCCUGCAGUUCUGUGUCUACGCCUACGACAAGUUCUCCCGACAGAGGCCGAUCGGAGAGGCGGAGCUGAAGCUGUGUGACGUAGAUGUGCGCCUGCAGCCGUUCUCAACCUGGUGCAGCCUGCAAGACAUCAACCAGAAACCCGCGGAAUUCGGCGACAUCCUGUUUUCCAUCAGCUACCUACCUACCGCAGAACGGCUAACUGUCGUGAUCGUGAAGUGUCGUAAUCUGGUGUGGGUGGACGAGAAGGACGAUGCCGAUCCCUUUGUCAAGGUGUACCUGCUGCAGAACGGGAAGAAGAUCAGUAAGAAGAAGACGUCGGUCAAGAGAAGCGAGCGCUGCCCCAUCUACAACGAGGCCAUGAUCUUCAACGUCCCUGCUAAUGCACUUCAGACCAUCAGCCUCCGUAUCACCGUUUCGGAACACACCCUGGAAGGGAAGACUCCAAGCAUCGGUCACGUGAUAGUGGGUCCAGCCUCGUCGGGUCUCGCGUUAUCGCACUGGAACCAGAUGAUGACGUCACUAAGAAAGCCCGUUGCGAUGUGGCAUCCGCUCAGAAAAUAAUGUCGUCAUUGAGCGCAUCGUAAGGCAAGGUUUAGCUCCAGUUUUGUCAUCUUAUCCGGCUUUGUGCGAUGUAACGGUGUCGUCAUGGAAACCGACCAUUACGUGAUUUUUGAACGGAAUUUCGUCAUCAAAAGUUGUGUCCGUAUAACGUGUCACGUCACUAGAAAUUGCCGUGGACGUCAUCAACCUUGCCCGGAUUCUGCGCCUUCGUGAACGUUACCAGACGUAGUUAUAACCGGACUUAACGUGAACGUCAAACUGUGUACGUGAACUGAUGACGUGGGUCUACGCACGAGUUUUUGAUGUGACGUUACCACUUCUUGUGCACAAGUGAAUGUGACAUAUGCACCUCAUAGCACCCCAGAGAAUCACAAAGUGCAAUGCUGCAAUAGAGUAAUCAGAGUUACUAUCAUAGUCAAAAUAUCUAUUCUUUGUUUUCUCGUCUGUGAUAUCUAGCUGUAUGACCUUCCUUGUAAAUAGCUCGUAAAAGUCUACUGAAAAAGCACAAGGUCUUUGAAGUACUAUAACAAUUAAGAAGAAACUUUUCAGACAUUGGUAUGAUGACAACUUCGGAAACUCGCCUCUGUUGCAUUUGUAAGUAUCUGACAUAUUGCUAGCAAUGUAACUGGCGUACAUUGGUUUGUCGAAAUCACAAUGAGCUUCUUGAUGCACAAUUAUACGGUACCAGUAUAGCCCUUCUGUUAUGAACUGCAGGGGAAAGCCACAAAGUAACAUUUUGUUUCCAAACGCCAUUGUUUAGUCGUUAUCUGAAAGGCAGGACAGAAAAGAUAAACAGACUCUUCCCAUACUAUUGAGUGUAAUAUCAAAUCAAACAUUCGAACAGUUACGUGUACGUAUAUUGACAGAGACGUCUAAACAAUACUUGUGACGAUGUCGUCAUUAUAAGAUUGAUUGUAUGCGAUACGAAAUUCCAAUGCUGUGUUCUAACUUGUACUCACUAUACAAAGAAACUUCUAACAGUGAAGGAAGGUUGCUAGAUCCUGAUUCAUUUCAUAACAAUGCAGAGUAUAAAACAUGUUAAUGGUGGAAAUCUAAGCUCUCGAAGUUCAAUCCUCAAGGUAUAUUUUCUCUAAAGCCCUGGAAUGAUGCAAGUGUACGAGUUUUCUAUCUCGGAUUUAAGUAACCGAGCCGAAAAGCCAUUCCAAGUUUUCCUAAAGCGAUUAAGAAAUUGUAACCAAUGUACAAGUUUGUACAAUGUAACCUAUAACAAGUUUGCAAGUUGUGACAGACGCGUAUGUGAAGUUUUAUAAACCUGACUAGAAACCAAUUGUUGUAUCGUGUAAUGCAUAAGGUAUGGAGCAUUGCAGCAACAGAAAAGUACCAAUCCCUUAUCUAUCCGUCCACUAGUACUAGAAAAUGAACUUGCAUUUGCGUUUUGAUUGUGUUGGAUGUAAUGGCGAGAGUGAAACGACAUCUAGCGGAUGUUGUGUAAACUGUAGUUGCUCAUCCCCAUACUGUACAGUUCUUGUAACCUUGAGUGUGGAAGAACAAUUCAAGAACUCAACUGUGGAAUAUGUAACGUGUAGAGAUUUGUAAUGUUCAAAAUAGGCCUAAUUGGCUUCCUUCUUAUUGAAUCUUUGAGAUUUCAUAGUUUUUAUGAAAUUUGCAACAUAAUUUCUAGUAUAUUUGCACCAAGAAUAGACGAAGUGACAUAACAUACAUGGAGCAAGAUUAUUGGAAUUCAAUCAUCAGAUUUUAUAGGAUAAAUGAGAGUCUUUUGUUUGUUCUGUUAUUUACUAAAGGUGUACGUUACGCACACGUAUUGACAUGAGUUUAUAUCUCAACUACAAGUUCGGAGACGAAUAACCGGGUAUUUCUUACAAACCAGCAUGAAGCUCGCUUCUACUGAAUGUGUAGUGACUGUGACGAUACGAUCUCCACAACGUGUAUUUAUAUCGCAAAAGGAACAUCCUAUUUUCGUGAAGAAACAGAGAUGAAUCUAUCUAUCCUAGAGAAAAACUACUAUUGUAUUACCAUUGUGAACGUAUGGAAACUUACAUAUAAAUUGGUGUAACAUAUAUGUAUAUCUAUAUUGUAAAUUGUGUUUGUCAAAUAAAUGUUAAGAGUAAUCAUCAAGUCAAA